UGAGGAGUUCCUGUAAAUGACACAACGGGCGGGCUGGACAGCUGCGCUCUGCGGGGCGGAAGUCCAGCGGAUCCGAGCGAAGCGCGCUGCCGAACAGAACGGCGCUCGCGGACGGCGGGUACGGGAAGUACAGGGAGCGGAGCGGAGUAGGGGGCGUGUGGGCGGACCGGGUGGACGGGCUGCCGCUGGACACGAACCGUGGAAUGUUCUCGGUUAAACUCUCCUCUACUGUACACUUUGGAAGACAAUUAGGGGCGAAAAAGAAAAGCGUAGUGGGCUUUUGAGGAAACAAACAAGGGAAAGGAAAGAGAAAAAGUGUCCUGUCAGAUCAUGACAGCGGGACUGCUGCUGCGGAUGUAGCACAGGCAGGCAGUGACGUUACGUUAGUAGCUCGCUGCGCUACUUAGUUCGCGAGUUCAGUUAGUUUCGCUUGGGUCGCUCGGGGCGAGUCGGGAGGCGGUAGUUUAGCUCUUUUGCUGGAGUCACUGACUGAGUGAGUCACUCGGAGGCCAUGUCUCCGGCCGACAGUCCCCACGUCCUCCUGGGGCGGAUCCGCUUCCUCAACGAGUGCAUCGAGUGCCUGCGGAGCGGCGCGCCGCUGCCGGAGAGCCUGUGCUUCGUGCCGCGCCAGGUGUGUUACAAGAUCUGCAAGGACUCCGCGCACGGUUCGGCCGGCGCCGGUUCCGGUUCGGCCUCCGGCGGCGGCGUCGGCUCGUCUGGCAGGAGCCCCGUGUCCGUGUGGGAGAGUCCGUGGCACGCAGCGCAGGGCAAGAGACUGUGCAGGUUCACCCUGGAGCCCCGCAAGGGGACGUGCAUCCGCACCACCGGGGAGGAGUACUGCAACAGCCAGGGCCUGUGGGUCAAGAUGAACAGGGAGCAGCUGGAGGAACACCGCAGUGGCCUGGAUGUAGAGGAGGGCUGGAUCCUCGUGUGCAAGCACACGGAGGGGGGCGACAGGCUUGUGCCCGUCGAAUCUGCCGACACCAUCAACAGACAACAGCAGCUCUUUGGCUAUGACCACAAACCUUGCACCAGGUGGGAGCAGGUGGUUGAUGCGGAGUACUCCCUGCAUUUAGGCUCCAAACCCAGGAUUGCAGAGCGUGAUGAAGCAGCUGUUCAGAGACUCAGAUAUGUUCCACCCACAUGGACAUUUGAGUGUGAUGAAGACUUGGUUCACUACUAUUACGACCACAUAGGGAAGGAGGAUGAGAACCUGGGAAGCGUCAAGCAGUGUGUGAUGAGCAUUGAUGUAUCGUCCUGUUCUGAGGACCCCAGCGGUGGUGCAAGCUGUCUGACAGAUGGGGACACGGACACGUACUGGGAGAGUGAUGGUAUGCAGGGACAGCACUGGAUCCGCCUGCACAUGAAGAAAGGAACCGUGGUCAAGAAGCUGAUUCUGACGGUGGAUUCGGGAGAUGAAAACUACAUGCCCAAAAGAGUCACAGUGUACGGUGGGGAGGGAGACAGUCUUAGGAAACUCAGUGAUGUCACCAUAGACGAGAAUUUGAUCGGAGAAGUGUGUGUGCUGGAAGACAUGACAUCACAUUUACCAAUCAUUGAGAUCAGGAUAGAGGAAUGCAGAGAUGAUGGCAUUGACGUGCGGAUACAUGGGCUAAAGAUUAAAUCAUCCUGCGAGCGAGACUUGGGCCUGAACGCAGAAAUGUUCCAGUCAGCCAACCUGGUGCGCUAUCCACGUCUGGAAGGCACCCCGCCAGAUGUUCUGUACCGUCGAGCACUAGUCACCCAGAGGUUUAUCUCACUGCUGGAUAGUCUGCUGCCUCACCUGGUUCCUGCUUGGGACUACAGCCUUGGCACCUUCAACCAGAUCAAACGCGUGAAACAGUUCCUGCUACUGUCAAAGAGACGCUCAGCCCUGAUCACCCAGUGCCUGAAAGACUCAGAAACAGUGAAGCCCAGCUUCAUGCCCCGCCUCUACAUAAACCGCCGACUAGCUAUGGAACAUCGUGACAACCCCUCACUGGACCCCACCUGCAAAAACACAGUCUUCUCCCAGGUAUAUGAGGGCCUGAAGCCUUCGGAUAAAUAUGAAAAGACUCUGGAUUACAGGUGGCCUGCACGAUAUGACCAGUGGUGGGAGUGUAAGUUCAUUGCAGAAGGAAUCAUAGAUCAAGGGGGCGGUUUCCGUGACAGCCUUGCCGACAUGUCUGAGGAGCUGUGCCCUAGCUCAUCCGAGUGUCCAGUGCCUUUGCCGUUUUUCACUCAUACCUCCAACCAAGGCACAGGGGAGGCCAGGGACUGCUAUGUACCGAACCCCUCCUGCAGAGAAUUUCAAAAGUAUGAGUGGAUUGGUCAACUCAUGGGUGCAGCUCUCAGGGGAAAAGACUUCUUGGUACUGGCUCUGCCCGGGUUGAUAUGGAAGCAACUCAUCGGAGAGGAAGUCAGUUGGAGUAAAGACUUCCCAGCUGUGGACUCUGUGCUGGUGAAGCUGCUUGAGGCCAUGGAGAACAUGGAUAAGGAAACUUUUGAGUUUAAAUUUGGCCAGGAGCUGCGUUACACCACAAUGCUGAGUGAUGGCCGUGUGGUAGAGCUCAUCCAAGGAGGAGCCAGCACUGUGGUCAAGUACGAAGACCGCAAGGAGUUUAUCCAGUUGGUGCAGAAAGCCCGCCUGGAGGAGAGCCAUGAGCAGAUUGCAGCUAUGCAAGCAGGUCUAGUGAAGGUUGUUCCACAAGCUGUUUUGGACCUCCUUACCUGGCAGGAGCUGGAGAAGAAAGUGUGUGGUGACCCAGAGAUCACUGUGGAGGCACUGAAACGCCUCACACGUUAUGAGGACCUGGAGCAAACAGACCUUCGAGUGCAGUACUUAUGGGAAGCCCUGACCAACUUCACAAAUGAGGAUCGUAGCAGGUUUCUGAGGUUUGUGACCGGAAGAAGUCGUCUUCCUGCCCCAAUCUACAUCUUCCCAGAUAAACAAGGUUCUGAAACGACAGAUGCACUUCCGCAGUCAUCAACCUGCUCUAGCACUCUUUACCUACCCAACUACCCUAGUGCAAAGGUCUGCGAGGAAAAGCUACGCUAUGCUGCAUACAACUGCGUGGCAAUCGACACAGAUAUGAGCCCUUGGGAAGAGUGACUCUAACCCCCCUCCUGGAACACUCAGACAUCUGGAUUUUAUACUCACUAGCUGUGUCUAAUUCUGUUCACACAAAUACAGAGAUCCACACUAUUGCCAAUAUCGCCAAUAUAUAACUGUAUAAUAAAUUUGUGCGAAGUUACACUGUGUUUUUCUUUUUUCGGAGCUACAGCCGCUUCUCUUUCAAGGGUGCAAAUUUAAGCUUUAUUUCAUUAUAAAUUCAUCAUUGAGGGC